UUUUUAUUCCCUCACGAGUUGGAGGCGAAACACACUCACUCACUCACUCAAGCUUUUCUUCUGGCCGCCUUACCCCCCUCUGUCGGCGCUUUCUUGCCUCACCAUAUCUCCUUUGCGCUGUUCGUGCCUGUCAAGGGCACAUCAUCUCUAUUUUUAUUUUUAUUUUUGAUGAGCUGGCAAGUCUUUGCUGGGUUCGUCAAAUUGGUUGGCCGCUGCCCAACCAUCAGGUUCAACAGCCUGUCUCAUUUGAAUCCAGCGCUCGUGUGGUUGAUAAUAUCCUAUACACCCCCUUUUUUUUAACACUACAUCGCCUGGAGGGAGCUCACAAGCCCCAGCUCGAGCUACUCAAGCACAUCCAUGGCAAGCCAGCCUUUGGUGCAUUCGGAAGAGCCCCUCUCACAGCUCCAUUCCAUUUUUCCAUCGAGGUGGGGGGGGUCUGGCUUGCUGUCCACCGGCUAGUCCAUUUACAAAUCCCCGUCAUUUAACAUGCCCUUUUGGGAGAGCUGCUUUUGAUUCCUGUCGCCGGCGCGCAUAGUUAACCAGGCGUCUAGUUCCUGGAGUUCAACUCGGAACCUAAUGGAAAGCGCCAGGCAGCGGCCCGUUCCAUCAGCCUCUCCUCCUAGGAGGAUCAAUGGGCUCUCUCCAUGUCAUGUCGCUCCAAAGCUGGCUCGAUGAUUGCCAGAGGUGGUGUGGUGUGUAGGAAGGAGAAAUGUGGACGUUAACGAUACACACUCGUCACCUUGACUCAAUCUUGCAUAAGACUAUCCUCUUUGGACUGACUGGUUGGGCUCCGGUGCGGUUCUUGCAGUAAAUAAUGAACUUUAUAGAAGUUCAUUGAUGUGGUUUGCCAUCCCUCCUCUCCGCUCCUCCCCAAUUCCUUUAUAUUAGAGCUAUCGGUUCUCCUCCUCCUCUCCUCCUCGGUUUUUUUAUCCUUCAAAAUACCUAAAAAAGAAAAAAAGUUUUUCUUUCUCUUUUGUGUUUAGAAAAUACUUUUUUGAUUCCCUCGCUUCAAAUAUAUUAAUAUAUUUGUUUCCUCUUCAAAUUGGUUUUACAUUUUGCCUACUUCUUGUCACCUGUUUAUAUAACGACUCAAACCUCACGGAUACCAUUAUCGUCCCGAUCUAGCUCAUUGCACCAGAAUUUCCCUUCUACCUUCUCACCCUCUUUCAGAAACAAGAGUUCAAUAAUGGCUAGCCUCGCCACCGCCAAUACUGCUCCCCGCACAAAUGGCGUUCAACGUAUUACAUGGCAGGAGAAGCUUCAAGGUCCGACAAUGUCCUUGACAAUUGAAACCCUCCCACAUUGUUCAAGUACUAAAAAUCCUCCGAAGAACACUGCAGGAUAAGCCAAAUGCAGGCUCCAGUUUUCAACCUUAUGUCCGAUCGUCGAGGCGGCCGCACCGCAUGGUCUAGCACCGUCACAAUUCAGGGCACCAGCUUUGCUGCCCGCUAUUUCUACGACGGCCAGAAUACCAACAACGCCAAAGAGGAUGCGGCAGAAGUCGCUCUUACGGCCCUACGCUCCCAGAGCGCUCCCUCCACCACUACAUUUGCGGGGCAGUUGUACGCACAGAAUCAAGGUGCCAAUUCACACGGUCGCUGGAACUAACCAGGAGACGUAGUAGUACUCGUUUGCCGCUAUUUGCUUUUGGCUCACAAUGGAGCACGAAAUUCUAGUGCCCGGGUUGCUUGCAAAACAACUUCGCACGCUUUUUUUUUGGAGGAUUACUUUGGGUUACCUAUAUAUAUCCUUGUUCAUCUUGCACGUACAUGGCCCCCCCGUUUCAUUCUCUCUAGUCUCGUUUUCCUAACUCACAGUAUUGGACCCCUUUUUCCCCAUAUCUAUAUCCUGUUUUAAACCAAUUUUCUUUUCUUCUCUGGCUUGCCUCUUGCUCGCUGAAUUCGAUUCUGAUACAACUUACUUCCCGAAGCCUACCAUGUAUUUUUUAUAGGCUAAAUUUUGUUCUGACUUCUGCCUUCUUUCCAUCCAUAUAUGCACACGCUCGCAACGCCGUUUUUACCAUUUCUUCCGUUUUUCUUUAUUUCUUCUUAUUCUUCUUUCUUUCUUCUUAUUCUUCUUUCUUUCUUCUUCUUCUUCUCUCUCUCUCUCUCUCUCUCUCUUUUUUUUUUUUUUUUUGGUCGCUUCUAUACCCCUCAUUUAUCAUGUUUUUUUUCUCUUUCAUAUUUUCAAUGUUCAGCUUUAAACAACAAGACAAAUUACCAUGUACAUUGAAAAUGGGAUGUAUUUUGUUUAUGAAAUCAGUACAGAGUAGUUAACUAAAGCUCCGUUCCUAGCCACCCAGGCAUGUUCGGCCUCUUGUCCGUCGUCAGUUUCUUCGUUUUCCUAGUUACUCUUCAAUUUUACCAACGCGAUCAACCAUGCUCC